CGCUGACGGACGGGCGAUGGCCAGCAUAUCCGGAAGCGACGCGCACGAGACCAUACGGAAGGGCAACGAGAAUGAAGUGGCCGCGCUCCUGAGCCGCGGCUUGGACCCCAAUUCGAGAACCGAAGGAGGAUGGACGCUUCUUUAUAUCGCGUCCGUCAUGGGCCAUGAGGCUGUCGUGCGACGUCUCCUCGAAGCCGGUGCCGACGUCGAUGGGCUGAGCAACGAUGGGCAAACGGCACUGCAAAUUGUGACGUACAAGCAAAGCCCAGACGCUAACGACAGCGCCGACGUAGCCGGCGAACUCGUCCCAGACCGUCCAAAUCUUGGAUGGCAGUGGAGUUUGGCUACUUUUCUACUCAGCGAUGAUAUGAGGCUGUGUGAGAUCCUUCAAGCCAUUUUGGAAAACCAUGUGCGGCGAAACGAAUACAACGCCAUCUGCGCCGUAUUACGCAACGCGUCUGAUCUACGUGACGCCGUGCGAUGCUGCGAGGUUGCGCGCGUGAAAGAUCUUUUAGAAGCCGGCGCUUCUCCCAACCUUGCGAACGAGGCUGCCGAAACACUGCUCCACAUUGCGCUCCGCUUCUAUUUGCAGCAGUCGUCCUCGGGUGCUACUGGCAAUAACAGCCCCGAAGCCGAGUAUCCGCUACUCGAGGUGCUCGUCGACGCUCCUGGGGUCGAUGUUGCACGGCGCAACAAGCUCGGCCAAACACCGCUCUGGAUUGCAUCCAAAGAGGGUCACGGCGUCAUUGUCGAAUUGCUUUUGAAAUAUAAUGACACUGAGAAGGACGGUACUAAGAAUAGUACGUGUCCCAGUAUCAAUCUGCCAGACAACGACGGCUACACCCCCCUCUCUAUUGCUGUCAAGACUGGUCGGCAUAGCGUUGUUCAAUGUCUCAUGAGCAACGGGGCAAACGUGAAGGACUCUACCACCAAGCCCUCCCUCAAGCCUUUAUACAUUGCGAGGAAAAGGAAUGACGAUCGCAUGGUCGAGUUGCUCGAAGACCGUCAUGCACCGCACACAGCAUCUUCACGCACCGUCUACCACAUUGGUGUCCAGAUCAAUGGCAGCCACUCCACCACCAACGGAGCCGUGCAUCAAUACACCUCCUAGAUAGGCAUCUCGACUAGUAAUCGUGCCUCGAUGCUGCGAGUACGCGUCAUGUGAAUGUCUUGCUUCUCCUUGAUUUUACGUUACCGCGCUCGACUAAGUACUGUAUGGGCAUCGAGCUCAAGAGCAU